AUGGCAAUCGUCACUGAUCCAAGGUGGCAAAACAAGGAUUUGCCUGAGCAAAGCUUUGAUUACAAUUUCAAGCUGCUCAUUAUCGGCAACAGCAGUGUCGGGAAAACGUCGUUUCUUUUCCGGUACGCGGACGACUCCUUCACUUCGGCGUUCGUGUCCACGGUCGGCAUCGACUUCAAAGUCAAAAUGGUGUACCGGAAUGACAAAAGAGUCAAGCUGCAAAUCUGGGUGAGUGGGUUGUUCAUUGCCGACAUCUUCUCGGGGAUGUUCGUGGCGCCGAACUGCAGCCCGACGUUGGUUCCGCUAGACACAGCAGGUCAGGAGCGAUACAGGACCAUAACGACGGCUUAUUACCGUGGAGCCAUGGGCUUCCUCUUAAUGUAUGACAUUACAAACGAAGAGUCUUUCAGCAGCGUUAUGGACUGGGUAACCCAGAUCAAGUGCUACUCGUGGGAUUACGCGCAGGUUAUCCUAGUCGGAAACAAAUGUGACAUGGAGAACGAGAGGAUCGUAUCGAGUGAGAAGGGAAGGCAGCUUGCCGAACAACUUGGAGUCGAAUUUUUCGAAACGUCUGCCAAGGAAAAUAUAAAUGUGAAGGCAGUUUUUGAACGCUUGGUGGACGUGAUUUGCAUCAAGAUGUCGGAAAGCUUAGAUAGUGAUGGCGGAAUGAUCGGGAAGUUCAGGGGGGCCGUUUUGACGGAAGACACCGAUGCGAAAUCGUCUGAUUCCAAAUGCUGCUAGGCGAACCUGCGAUGAACAGGGAACAUUGAAGGCGAUCACAAAACGCGUGUUCUCCAGUACGGUAUUGAAUUUUUUGUUGGUGCUGGGCAAUGCUGAGUGCAGUCCCAAAAACCGUCAUCAAGAAUGUUCAGUCAGUGGCAUCCCGAGGAACCAAAUUUGAUCGUAACAGCAUUACAAUUUAUAAAACGCUAUUCCAGCAGUGUUUCAGAUUUUGGCCAUUUUUGAUUUUUUUUAAAGCGGAUCACGUUUUUCGUGCCGAAUGACAAAAAUGAAUUAUUCGCGAAUUUUAAAAAACUUUUAGAGGGCGAAAUCCGGUGACGACACGGGCCUGUAUAUGAUGAGAAAUAAUUGCACGAAGGUUUUUGGUUCGGAAAAGAGAAAAAGCUUAGGUUACAAGCCAUUAUAAGUUCCGAUGAAAUCGGAUACAUUUUAUCGAAAUGUGUUCAUCGAUUUUCGAAGCUCUCGAAGGUCAUACACUCCGUCUAGCAGGAUGUGAACAGUAAACUCUGCGGUAGAACAUGACCAUUUCCCAAAGUUGAGAGAGAAAAUAUAUACUGAAUUUCGAAACAUUCGAAUGAAAGGAAUUUGCGAAAGAAUGGCACAAACGGAAGGACGACUAUGCAUUAUUAAAU